CGCCACUUAGUUUAUAAACAACGCUCGCCGGGUGCAGUCGGAACCCUCGGAAUCGGCGAUAUAUAUAUAGAGCCACAAGAACGUGAAGCAGCGUGUCCGUAAGCAUAUGUAAUUGGUUAUCAAACCGGACCGCGACAACGGAUCCCUAAUUAUCUCGUACCCCCCGCAAAUUGCGGCUUACGUAAGCGCCAAUUCAAUUGUGUUUUUACUAAAACACAGGCGUUUUAGCAGAGCAUAGUCACAUUAAUCAAAACUAAAAUGCGGCUACUGGCCAGACACGCGAUUCGACUUUUGGGUCAGGAGAAUCGAGGUGGAGGAGGAGGAGUAGGUGGUGAGGUGGCUUCACUUUGGAAAGGAGGAAUCCGGCUGAAGGCCACAACCGGUUACCUGAAGCUGGCCACGGCAAGUGUUCAGACUCAGCCAUUGGAGCCGGAGAAACAGGUGCAGAGAAAGAAUUCUCCCCUGACGGAUUCAUUUGGCCGACACCACACCUAUUUGAGGAUUUCUCUAACCGAACGGUGCAAUCUGCGAUGUGACUACUGCAUGCCCGCUGAGGGAGUUCCCCUGCAACCCAAGACGAAUCUGCUGACCACCGAGGAAAUCCUUCGUCUAGCGCGUAUUUUCGUCGAGCAGGGAGUGCGAAAGAUCCGGUUGACAGGAGGAGAACCCACCGUCCGAAGGGAUAUAGUUGAAAUAGUGGCACAAAUGAAGGCUCUGCCGGAACUGGAGCAAGUGGGAAUAACAACCAAUGGCCUGGUGCUCACCCGCCUGCUUCUGCCGCUCCAGAGAGCAGGAUUAGAUUCACUAAACAUCAGUUUGGAUACGCUGCAGAAGGAUCGCUUUGAGAAGAUCACCCGGAGAAAAGGCUGGGAGCGGGUGAUAGCUGGCAUCGAUCUAGCCAUUCAGUUGGGCUACCGUCCCAAGGUUAACUGUGUCCUUAUGCGCGAUUUCAACGAAGAUGAGAUCUGUGAUUUUGUAGAAUUCACCAAGGAUCGCCCAGUGGAUGUGCGUUUUAUAGAGUACAUGCCAUUUUCCGGUAACAAGUGGCACACAGAGAGGCUUAUUUCGUACAAGGACACCAUGGAAAUCAUCCGUCAAAGGUGGCCGGAUUUCGAGGCCCUUCCAAAUGGACCCAAUGACACAUCCAAGGCUUAUGCUGUGCCCGGAUUCAAGGGCCAAGUGGGCUUCAUCACCUCCAUGACGGAACACUUUUGUGGGACCUGCAACAGAUUGCGACUUACUGCGGAUGGAAACAUCAAGGUGUGUUUGUUUGGCAACAAGGAGUUCUCCCUGAGGGAUGCCAUGCGAAACGAGGAUGUAUCGGAAGAGCAGCUGGUGGAUCUCAUUGGAGCGGCGGUGCAGCGCAAAAAGAAACAGCAUGCAGAUGCUGCGCCGCGAGUCCAUCAUCAUUAUCAUUUCCUGCAUCACCAAGCAUAUCAUCCCUCGAAGCUGCAGCUCCAGGUGCGCAAUUGCAGCCAACUCACCCAUGUCAAUGCCCAGGGCAAGGCCCAAAUGGUGGAUGUGGGCGCCAAGCCGUCGACCACAAGAUUAGCUCGGGCCGAGGCCACUGUCCUGGUGGGCGAGCAGCUCACCCAACUUAUAGCGGCCAAUGAGCUGGCCAAGGGAGAUGUCUUAACGGUGGCCCAACUGGCUGGCAUCAUGGCAGCCAAGCGCACAUCCGAAUUGAUACCCCUGUGUCACAAUAUCAGCUUGUCCUCCGUGAAAGUGCAGGCCACUCUUCUCAAAACUGAGCACUCAGUGCGGCUGGAGGCAUCGGUUCGCUGCUCCGGACAGACUGGCGUCGAAAUGGAAGCCCUAACCGCUGUUUCGGUGGCCGCCUUAACUGUCUACGACAUGUGCAAGGCCGUGUCGCACGACAUCUGCAUCACCAACGUCCGCCUGUUAAGCAAAUCCGGCGGAAAAAGGGACUUCCAGCGGGAGGAUCCGAAAGGAGGAGCACUGCCAGAGGUCGAGUGAGGGGAUGUACUGACUGACUGGAUUAGAUUUAAUGUUAUGGCUUAGCCAUAUAUAGGGGAAUGGAAAAUCAUAUACUGCUUAUUAAUUUCACAUAAUAAUUUCCAAGUCUGAAGGACAAAAAAUAACUACAUUUAAAACACCAUUGUUUACUGCAUUUAUGAUAUGCUAGACUUGUUCUUUUCUAACUUGUAUGAUGUAGUAAUUUGUAUUAAAAUAGAAAAAAUAUGUCAAUUAUGAUUUUAAGUUUUAGUUAAUGUUUG